CCUGGGAUCGUUACUAUGGGGCGUGGCGGCUGGGGGCUCCGGAAAGUUCCAGAGGGGCGGGGCGGGGCGGGACGGGAGCAGGCGCUGCUGCCGCUGCCCCUCCCCCUAGAUCGGCUGCAGCUCGUACGGAGCAGACACAGCGGCAUAGCAUCCCCGAUAUGGCGUCUGCGCGGGAGGAGGGCUUACAGUCGAAAAAGAAACAUUGUGAAGGAACAAGUUAACCUCAAACAGAGACUGGAGAAAGAUUUGGAAGAGGUGAAAGAGCUCCUGAAAAAAGCCACAAGGAAAAGAACUCAUGAUGUCUUGAUGGCAGAAAAGUACAAGCUAGAGAUCGAAAUCAAGAACCAGCCACCACCCAAGCUAAAAGAAGACACUACGGAGGAAGAGAAACCACCCGCUGUGGGAUACACAGUGAAAAUCAACAGUUAUGGUUGGGAUCAGUCGGAUAAGUUUGUGAAGAUUUACAUCACUUUAAAUGGAGUGCAGCAGCUUCCAGCUGAGAAUGUGCAGGUCCACUUUACAGAAAGGUCAUUUGAUCUGCUUGUGAAGAAUCUGAAUGGGAAGAAUUACUCCAUGACAUUCAAUAACCUUCUGAAACCCAUCUCUGUGGAAGGAAGUUCAAGGAAGAUCAAGACGGACAUGAUCCUUGUGUUAUGUAGGAAGAAACAGGAAGAAAAAUGGGAUUGCCUGACUCAGGUGGAAAAAGAGAGCAAGGAGAAAGAGAAAGCCUCCUAUGACACCUCAGACCCUGGUGAGGGGCUGAUGAACCUUCUCAAAAAGAUGUAUGCGGAGGGAGAUGAUGAAAUGAAAAGAACCAUUAACAAGGCCUGGGUUGAAAGCAGAGAGAAACAAGGCAAAGGGGAUAUACCAUUAGAUAUUUGAGACUACUCCAAAGGCUGCCUUGACACGGACCUUCCAUAUGAGACUUUUGCUGUGCUGCAGAGAUCAGUUCUACAAGUGCAUUGUUUACACAACCUUCUUCCAAGCAAAGACACUUACCUGUUUUCCAUUUCAGGUUGGAGAAAAUAUUUAAAUAAAAUACCCUUAUAAAGCA